AUGGCCCACCGGACAGAACAUGACGACUCCUCCAGCUCAUCGAGCAAUGAGAUCGAACCGCGCCACAGCAGCAUUAGAAAUGGAGUCUCACCAUUAGCAAAGCAAAGCACUGCGGGCAGUUCUGGUUACUCGGUCUUGGAACAGCGCACGCAGUCAAUAGUCUCGCGCAUUCGCAGUCGAGUGCCCGGCCAAACGGCCAAAUUUAGCCAUCCGCUCACUCAUAGCAGGACUGGUCCUGAUGUUAUUGUCGAUUUUGAUGGUCCGGAUGAUCCAUACAGACCUUUAAACUGGGGGUUUAAGAAAAAGGCUAUCACGACCCUGCUAUAUGGACUAACAACUAUGGGUGCGACGUGGGCGAGUUCGAUCUAUUCGACAGGCCAGGCGGAGAUCAGCGAGGAAUUUGGCGUCUCGAUUGAGGUUGCCACGCUCGGAACCUCGUUAUUAUUAUUCGGCUUGGGCUUAGGACCAUUGAUCUGGGCGCCUCUAUCAGAGCUGUAUGGCCGCAAGACCGCCGUGCUACCGCCUUACUUUCUCGCAGCCAUCUUCUCUUUCGCGACAGCCACUGCAAAAGAUCUCCAAACCAUCAUGAUCACCAGGUUCUUCACGGGCUUCUUCGGCUCAGCCCCUGUGACCAACACAGGCGGUGUCCUGAGUGAUAUCUGGACCCCCGAAGAGCGUGGAGCUGCCAUUGUUGGCUAUGCCAUGGCCGUGGUGGGCGGGCCCGUUCUUGGACCUAUUGCAGGUGGUGCUAUUGUCCAAAGUGAUCUAGGUUGGCGAUGGACCGAAUAUCUCACCGGCAUCAUGAUGAUGUUCUUCCUACUCCUGGACCUGCUCUUCGUCGAUGAGAGCUAUCCGCCAAUACUCCUAGUCUACAAAGCCCGCCGCCUUCGCUUCGAAAGCAGCAACUGGGCCCUCCAUGCCCGCCAUGAAGAAUGGGACGUAACCAUUAAAGAAAUCGGCAACAAAUACCUCGUCCGCCCCUUCCAGCUCCUCGCCACCCCAAUCUGCUUCCUCGUCGCCCUCUACGCCUCAUUCGUCUACGGCAUCCUCUACCUCAGUUUAGCCUCCUUCCCAAUUGUCUUCCAAGAAAUCCGCGGCUGGAACCAAGUCGUCGGUGCCCUCCCCUUCCUCGCCUACCUAGUCGGUAUCCUAAUUGGCGGAGCCGUCAACCUCGCAAACCAAAGAUUCUACAUCAAGCGCUUCAAAGCGAACAAUAACCGAGCCGUUCCUGAAGCCCGUCUCCCUCCCAUGAUGAUCGGCUCUGUCCUGUUUGCCGCGGGCAUGUUCGUGUUUGGCUGGACGAGUCCAAAGCACAUACACUGGAUUUGUCCGAAUAUCGGCGCCGUCAUGAUGGGUUUUGGCUUUUUUACCAUCUUCCAGGCUGCGCUCAACUAUCUUGUUGAUACGUUUCAGAAAUACGCUGCCAGCGCCAUUGCCGCGAAUACCUUCCUGCGCUCGAUGUUUGCGGGAUGUUUUCCGCUCUUCACUUCGGCCAUGUUCCAUAAUCUGGGUGUUCCCUGGGCUGCGAGCGUGCUGGGGUUCAUUUCUGUCGCAUUGAUUCCCAUUCCGUUCCUAUUCUACAGGUACGGGAAGCGAAUUCGAGCCCGGGGGACGUGGUCGAGAGAAUCUGUUUGA